AUGACUACCGAGCGAUUUCAAAGCUUAACAGUCGAACAGUUUUUUGAGUGGUUAUUUGAUUGGACCACUCCUGGAUUGCCACCGCAAAACGAGGCUCAGGGUUUGCCGUUUGAGGUGGUUUAUUAUCCUAUGGCUGGAUGGUCAGAUUUCGUGGUGAAGGCAGAAGAUGUUGAGGCUUCCAUAGCUAUAUUAAAAAUUCCUGGUAUUAGAGUGAAGAUGGCCAUGGAGACUGAAGACUCUUCGCGGAUUACUUGGUUUCAGGGGAUUAUCUCCUCUACAUUGGUCCAUGGCGUGUAUCUCCUUGGAACCAGCUUCAGGUAUAAGAUUCCCUUCACUAUUCCUCUGAUGUUGAGCUGA